GCGGCAGGAGGCAGCGCGGCGGGCCCAUGUGGCGCACGCUGCUCCUCGCCUCCGCCUUCUUCCCGGGGCUCUUCGCGCUGUGCGUGCGCGCGCUGCGCUGGGCCGCGCCGGCAUGGAGCCUCAAGGACCGGCUGCUGGUCAGCGGCAGGCUGGUGUCCAUGGUGCAAGCCACGAUGGCGACGGCAGCGGGAAUCACGGUUAUCCUCAACUGCAAGAACGUGGUGUAUGACCGGCACUGGCUGGCCGUGGAGUACGUGUGGGUGCUCGUGCCCUACAUGACCUACGACAUCUACGUCAUGUACCUCUGCCACUGGCACAAGAGCCGCGAGCGGGGCGCCGCGGAGCGCAAGCACUCGCUGGCCAGCGUGCGCAGCUUCCUGCUGCAGGAGCGCCUCAUGCUGACCCACCACCUCGUCAUCCUGCUGGUGCUCACGCCCGUCACGCAGCACUUCAGGGGCGAGCUGGGGGACUUCUUYGUGGGCUGCAUCUUCACGGCGGAGCUGAGCACUCCUUUCGUCUCCCUGGGCAAAAUCCUCAUGCAGCUCCAGAUGCAGGACACGCUCCUGCACAAGGUGAACGGCAUCCUCCUCCUGGUGACCUUCUUCCUCUGCCGCAUCCUCCUCUUCCCCUUCAUGUACGYGGCCUACGCCAGGCAGGUGGGCAUCCCCGUCUACAUGGUGCCCUUCCGCAUCCCGCUGCACUGCAACGUGGCCAACGCCUCCCUCAUCGCCCCGCAGCUCUACUGGUUCCGCCUCAUCUGCCGCAAAGCCGCCCGCCUCUACAGCGGCUCCGGCGCCCGCCGCGGCCGGUAG